AUGCGGACUCGAGGUGGUGCCCCACGAUAUGCAAAUUACCCCCACGUCGCCCCAUCCUCCGCCCAAGUGUCUCAGACAGCAGCUCAGACAAUCGAGAAUGCUGGUCCACUAGGCAAACUACUCUCCCUCCUCAUCAAAUUCCUUGGCCUGGGAUCGGUGCUUUCGUCGCUGCUGCCUGGCCUUGGAGGGAACCAGCUAUCGACGCAAAUUUCGGGCAGUCUCAAGUUGUUCAUGAUCGGUACUAUGGUGGAGUCGGGGAGGCGGUUCUGGCAGUGGGUGUUCACGCGAUUCAACCCUAAGUUCUCGAUUACGGCGCGUUUCUCGGAGGGGGAUCCAAUUCACGAGUGGAUAGUCUUAUUUCUGACUGAUAGAAAAGUAUGGCAUCGUUCGCGAGACUACUUCGUUAGAUACAAGGCUUCUACCCGUAAGUGGGGCGUCACUGUCGGUGCUCCGUCACAGCAACCGCCGGAGGACAAGACGGCGGCCCAUCUUGAAGAAGGCAUCGAGUACGUUCCCAGCUUCGAUACCCCCCAAAUUUUUCGCUGGAAUGGCUACUGGCUUGAGGUUAUGAAGGACACUCCAAAACUCCAAUCCACGCCCCAAGUUUGGACAACCCCGAGACCUGGCUCCGUUGCUGGUCUCUGUUUAAAUAUGUAUACCCUAAAACAAGAUGCUUUGCGGGAUUUUAUCUCCGAGGCCAAGGAACACUACAUCGAGACCAGCAAGCAAAAAGUCAUCGUUCGCUCCAUGGGCGGUGAUGGUGGGAGUCGCAUGGACAUCUGGAAUAGAGUACAAAGCAAAACAUACCGCCCGCUUGAAUCCAUCAUUCUCCCAGAUGGCGUACUUGACACCAUAAUUAAUGACGCGCGCGAUUUUAUCGCUUCAGAAGACUGGUAUGUUCGUGCGGGCAUUCCGUAUCGAAGAGGCUAUCUCUUCUACGGCCCCCCUGGAACGGGUAAAAGUUCGACCGUUUAUGCACUGGCAGGUGAACUUGGACUGGAGAUAUAUACGCUGUCUCUUUCGAACGACAGCAUCAACGAUAACAGUCUUCGCACCUCAGUGGAGCGUAUCCCCAAACGCGGUAUUCUGCUCAUUGAAGAUAUUGACUGCGCGUUUCCCUCGCGCGAGGAUGAGGAGGAGCGUGCUCUGGGCAACGCAUUCCCCUACGGAAAUCCCAAUCCGCCAAAGCGUUCGGCGGUCACUAUGUCUGGCCUGCUGAACGUUCUUGACGGUGUUGACAGUGAGGAGGGUAAGAUCUUCAUGGCAACCACCAACUACGUAGAUAGAUUGGACGCCGCCUUGAUGCGCCCAGGUAGGAUCGAUAUGAAGAUCCAAUACGACCUGGCAAGUCAGAGACAAGCAGCAGCCCUCUUCAACCGCUUCUUCACCUCCCCCGAUGAAGCCCACGCGCCCCCGGGCCUCCCAUACACAGGCACCGGCCACCACCCCCUCGCCGACGAAUUCGCCGCUGCCGUCCCGCCAGAGUUCACCAUCGCCGAGCUCCAAGGCUACCUCCUCUCCUGCAAGACCCGCCCCGAAGCAGCCGUCGCGGGGAUCUCCGCGUGGGUUGCUGCAGAGCGCGCGGAGAGGGCAGCUAGGGAGAAGCGGGAACGCGAGCGGCUGUUAAAGCUGGCCGAGGCCAAGAAAACGAGAGAGGCUGCUGCUGUCGGCGCAUUCGGCCAACAACAUCCGUAUAGCUUGUCGCGCGGGGCCUUCGGGCAGCCCGCUAGGCAAAUGGGCUAUAUGGCAGCUCCCCAGCGUGCUAGCGGGCUGGUUCGUGAAGAAACGGCCCCUCAGCCUCCACAACCUACUGAUGCAGAUAAAGGUAAAGGUAAAGAGACUGCGGAGGGUAGCCAGCCAGGUACGUCCACUGAGAGUGCCCCAGCCAGCUCUGAGUCGGCGGAAGCCAAAGAAGCAGAUAAGGGAGGUAAACCUGCAACCCCUGCUCCGUUGGCUUCCUCCGUGACCACCGAAAAGAGUGAAUAG